GUCGACUCAAGUCGAGUCGCAAACCAACUUCACCGUGGUCAAUAUUUCUCUGCAGCUAAGCAAACCCACCACACCAAAUCUAAAACUAGUUUUCCCACUGCAAACAUGGUCUCCUUUACGAGUUUCUCCACUUCGUAUGUUAUUCUACAGGUUGUUGUUUUAGCAUCUUUAGUGAGUGCAGGGAAGACUAAUUCAUGGAAUCCUUUAAGCGAGGAUGUCACUGUUGGGAAAAAGCAUUCGAAAGAAUAUUGUGCAAUGUAUGACAUAUGUGGAGAAACCAGUGAUGGGAGAGUUCUGAACUGUCCUUAUGGUUCUCCUUCUGUGAAGCCCGAUGAGUUGCUUUCUGCAAAAAUCCAAAGCUUGUGUCCAUCAAUAAGUGGGAAUGUUUGUUGUACAGAGACUCAAUUUGAAACGCUGAGAGCGCAGGUUCAACAGGCUAUACCUUUCCUUGUGGGCUGUCCAGCAUGCUUGAGGAACUUUUUAAACCUUUUCUGCGAGCUUUCCUGCUCUCCAAAUCAAAGCCUAUUCAUCAAUGUGACUUCUGUUGCUGAGGUCAAUGGCAGUUUAACCGUGGAUGGAAUUGACUAUUUUGUAACCAAAACUUUUGGGGAAGGUCUGUAUAGUUCUUGCAAGGAUGUAAAGUUUGGUACUAUGAAUACUCGGGCCAUAGAUUUCAUUGGUGCCGGUGCUAAAAACUUUAAAGAAUGGUUUGCUUUUAUUGGUCAAAAAGCUGCCCCUGGAAUGCCUGGGUCACCAUAUGCCAUAAAGUUUAAGUUAAGCACUCCUGAGUCAGCUGGGUUGGAGCUCAUGAAUGUGUCUGUUUAUACAUGCGGUGACACUUCCCUUGGCUGUUCUUGCGGUGACUGUCCUUUGUCACCCAUGUGCUCUAGUUCUGAACCUCCUAAUCCACAAAAGAAAGAAUCUUGCUCAAUUCGAAUUGGAUCUCUUAAGGUCAAAUGUGUCGACUUUUUGUUGGUGAUUGCUUAUAUUCUUCUGGUAUCUACAUUUUUUGGGUGGGUUUUGUUUCGGCGAACAAGAGAAAGGAGGAUACCUGGAUCUAGCACGGAACCUUUAUUGAUGAAUAAAGGAGGAACUGAUUCUAGUAAUGUGCAAGAGGCUAAGAAUUUUUCCUUAAAGCUAACAAAGGAGGAACAGCUUUCUGUUGUUCAAGGAUACAUGUCGAGCUUUUACAGGACUUAUGGACAAUGGGUUGCUAGAAAUCCCACUCUUGUAUUGAGCACGUCAUUGGCAAUUAUUCUUGUGCUUUGCUUAGGUCUAAUUCGUUUCAAUGUGGAGACACGGCCAGAGAAGUUGUGGGUAGGUCCCGGGAGUAAGGCAGCUGAAGAGAAACGGUUUUUCGACCAACACCUUGCCCCUUUUUACAGAAUUGAACAGCUUAUUUUGACAACAUCACCUGAUUCCAAGCUUGACAAAACACCCGGUAUUGUCACAGAGGAUAACAUCCAAUUACUGUUUGAAGUACAAAAGAAGGUUGAUAAAAUUCGUGCAAAUUAUUCUGGUUCAUUGAUAUCCAUAUCUAACAUUUGCUUAAAGCCUCUAGGCGAGGAUUGUGCCACUCAGAGUGUUCUGCAGUAUUUCAAAAUGGACCCAGACAAUUAUGACUACUAUGGAGGAGUUGCACAUGCUGAGUACUGUUUUCAGCAUUAUGCUUCGGCAGACACAUGUUUGAGUGCAUUUGAGGCCCCACUUGAUCCAAGCACGGUGUUAGGAGGAUUUUUUGGGAACAAUUAUUCAGAGGCUUCUGCAUUUGUUGUUACAUAUCCAGUUAAUAAUGCAAUAGAUGAAAAUGGAAAGGCAGUGGCUUGGGAAAAAGCUUUCAUCCAGUUAGCGAAGGAGGAGCUGCUACCAAUGGUGCAGUCUAGGAAUCUUACUCUUUCAUUUUCAUCUGAAAGUUCAAUUGAGGAAGAACUUAAAAGAGAAAGUACAGCAGAUGUCAUCACAAUAUUGGCAAGCUAUCUUGUGAUGUUUGCCUAUAUAUCUGUGGCACUGGGAGAUGCAUCUCGUUUAUCUACUUUCUAUAUCUCAUCCAAGGCGUUGCUUGGUCUUUCUGGAGUUAUACUGGUUAUGCUUUCUGUCCUUGGAUCUGUUGGAGUUUUCAGUGCCAUUGGAGUUAAAUCUACAUUAAUAAUAAUGGAAGUUAUUCCUUUCCUUGUCUUAGCUGUCGGAGUGGAUAACAUGUGUAUAUUGGUUCAUGCUGUUAAACGUCAGCCAUUGGAGUUACCUUUAGAGGAACGAAUAAGCAAUGCACUUGUUGAAGUUGGGCCAUCCAUAACACUAGCUAGUUUAUCUGAAUUUUUGGCCUUUGCAGUUGGAAGUUUCAUUCCUAUGCCCGCAUGCCGUGUCUUCUCCAUGUUUGCAGCUUUGGCUGUUCUACUGGAUUUUCUUCUGCAAGUUACUGCCUUCGUUGCACUGAUAGUUUUUGAUUGUUUGAGAGUUCAAGAUGGUAGGAUUGACUGUUUUCCAUGUAUAAAAAUUCAUUCCGCUUAUGGAGAAUCCGAUGAAGGCAUGAAUCCAAGAGCACCUGGACUGCUGGCACGGUUUAUGAAGGAAGUUCACGCUCCAUUUCUUGGAUUCUGGGGAGUGAAAAUGAUAGUCAUUGCCAUAUUUCUUGCUUUCACUCUGGCAAGCAUUGCACUAUCUACAAGGCUUGAAGCUGGUUUGGAGCAACAGAUCGUGCUUCCUCGGGAUUCUUACCUUCAGGGAUAUUUCAAUGAUGUCUCUGAAUAUCUUAGAGUUGGACCUCCAUUAUAUUUUGUUGUGAAGGAUUUCAACUACAGCUUGGAAUCAAGACAGACAAACCAGUUAUGCUCCAUCAGCCAGUGUGAUUCAAACUCUCUUUUGAAUGAGAUAUCAAAAGCAUCGUUAAUUCCAGAGUCAAGCUACAUUGCUAAACCAGCUGCUUCAUGGCUUGAUGACUUUCUCGUAUGGACAUCUCCAGAGGCUUUUGGCUGCUGUAGGAAAUUUUUGAACGGCACUUAUUGUCCACCUGAUGAUCAGCCACCUUGCUGUUCACCUGAUGAAGGACCUUGUGGCAUAGGUGGAGUCUGCAAAGACUGUACAACGUGCUUUCGCCACUCAGAUUUGGUUAAUGAUCGCCCGUCUACGGCACAAUUUAGGGAGAAGCUUCCGUGGUUCCUCAACGCACUGCCAUCUGCUGAUUGUGCAAAGGGUGGUCAUGGGGCUUACACCAACAGUGUGGAUCUAACUGGGUAUGAGAGUGGUGUUAUACGAGCAUCAGAGUUUCGUACAUAUCACACACCACUUAACAAACAAGGUGACUAUGUUAGUUCAAUGCGAGCAGCAAGGGAGUUCAGCUCAAAAAUUUCUGAUUCUUUAAAGAUCGAGAUCUUUCCAUAUUCUGUGUUCUAUAUCUUCUUUGAGCAAUAUCUGGAUAUUUGGAGGAUUGCUUUGAUCAACAUUGCUAUAGCACUUGGUGCUAUAUUUAUUGUUUGUCUGAUUAUUACAUCCAGUCCGUGGAGUUCAGCAAUCAUUCUACUUGUAUUGGUCAUGAUUGUGGUGGAUCUCUUGGGCGUCAUGGCAAUUCUGGAUAUUCAACUGAAUGCAGUCUCCGUUGUAAACCUUAUAAUGUCAAUAGGGAUUGCUGUUGAGUUUUGUGUGCAUAUAGUGCACGCCUUCUUGGUAAGCCAUGGGAAUAGGGACCAACGAAUGAAAGAGGCUCUGAGUACAAUGGGAGCUUCCGUCUUCAGUGGAAUUACGCUCACAAAACUUGUUGGAGUAAUUGUGCUUUGCUUCGCAAGAUCUGAAAUUUUUGUGGUUUAUUACUUCCAAAUGUACCUCGCUUUGGUUCUCAUUGGUUUCUUGCACGGGCUUGUGUUUUUACCGGUGGUAUUGAGUUUGUUUGGUCCACCAUCAAGGCAUGUAAUUGUUGAGAAAGUGGAAGUUGAAGAGCCCUCUACAUCUGCAAGCUUGAGUUAAUUUAUGAUAUGUUCCAUUUUAGUAUUGUUAUUACAACUCAAAUGAGUCACAUUACAUUUUAUCAUGUAAAUAAGAAAGACAGUCUACAUUUCACAACCUAAAUAUUGGGACAUUCUUUUAUUUCAUACUCUCUCACAGAUCAAUAUUUACCUAUUAUAAAAAAGAG